CCUCACAGCCCCUCCCUCUCCCCCACCCUUGUGGCGACUGCGUCUGCGCUUGGAGCAGCUGGCGGAAUCCGUCCUUUGGACUCCGGCUUCAGAUUUGGUGGCGGUGCCUGAGGCUUCGCGUCAGUUAAACCAGAAGAUUCACCAUCGCUUCUAUGGCUGCCUCACAAACUUCGCAAACUGUUGCAUCUCACGUUCCUUUUGCAGAUUUAUGUUCAACUUUAGAACGAAUACAGAGAAGUAAAGGACGUGCAGACAAAAUCAGACACUUCAGGGAAUUUUUAGAUUCUUGGAGAAGAUUUCACAGUGCCCUCCAUAAGAAUGAAAAAGAUGUCACAGACUCUUUUUAUCCAGCAAUGAGACUUAUUCUUCCUCAGCUAGAAAGAGAGAGAAUGGCUUAUGGAAUCAAAGAAACUAUGCUUGCCAAGCUUUAUAUUGAAUUGCUCAAUUUACCUAGAGAAGGAAAAGAUGCUCUUAAACUUUUAAAUUAUAGAACACCUACUGGAACUCGUGGAGAUGCUGGAGACUUUGCAAUGAUUGCAUACUUUGUAUUGAAACCAAGAUGUUUACAGAAAGGAAGUUUAACCAUACAGCAAGUAAAUGACAUUUUAGACUCGAUUGCCAGCAAUAAUUCUGCCAAAAGAAAGGACUCAGUAAAGAAGAGUCUUCUUCAGCUUAUAACUCAGAGUUCAGCACUUGAACAGAAGUGGCUUAUACGCAUGAUUGUAAAGGACUUAAAGCUUGGUUUUAGUCACCAAAUUAUAUUUUCUGUUUUUCAUAAUGAUGCUACUGAGUUGCAUAAUGUCACCACAGACCUGGAAAAAGUCUGCAGGCAACUGCAUGACCCUUCAGUAGGACUCACUGAUAUUUCUAUCACUUUAUUCUCUCCCUUUAAACCAAUGCUUGCUGCAAUAGCAGAUAUUGAGCGAAUUGAGAAGGACAUGAAAAAUCAGAGUUUCUACAUCGAAACCAAGCUAGAUGGCGAGCGUAUGCAAAUGCACAAAGAUGGGGAUGUGUACGAAUACUUCUCCCGAAACGGAUAUAAAUAUACAGAACAGUUUGGUGCCUUUCCACAAGAAGGUUCUCUUACACCAUUCAUUCAUAAGGCAUUCAAAACAGAUAUACAAGUCUGUAUCCUUGAUGGUGAGAUGAUGGCCUAUAAUCCUAAUACACAAACUUUUAUGCAGAAGGGGAACAAGUUUGAUAUUAAAAGAAUGGUAGAAGAUUCUGAUCUGCAAACUUGUUAUUGUGUUUUCGAUGUGUUGAUGGUCAAUAAUAAAAAACUAGGACGUGAGACCCUGAGAACGAGGUAUGAAAUUCUUAGUAAUAUUUUUACACCAAUACAAGGUAGAAUAGAAAUAGUGCAAAAAACACAAGCUCAUACUAAGAACGAAGUAAUUGAUGCUCUGAAUGAAGCAAUAGAUAACAGAGAAGAGGGAAUCAUGGUUAAACAUCCUCUAUCCAUUUAUAAGCCAGACAAAAGAGGUGAAGGAUGGUUAAAAAUUAAACCAGAGUAUGUAGAUGGACUGAUGGAUGAAUUGGACAUCAUAAUUGUCGGGGGCUAUUGGGGUAAAGGUUCUCGGGGUGGAAUGAUGUCUCAUUUUUUGUGUGCUGUAGCAGAGAAACCCCCUUCUAGUGAAAAACCUUCAGUGUUUCAUACUCUGUGUCGUGUUGGCUCGGGUUACACCAUGAAAGAACUGUAUGAUCUGGGUUUAAAAUUGGCCAAAUAUUGGAAGCCUUUUCAUAAAAAAGCUCCACCAAGUAGCAUUUUAUGUGGAACAGAAAAGCCAGAAGUGUACAUUGAACCUUGUAAAUCUGUCAUUGUUCAGAUUAAAGCAUCAGAGAUUGUCCCCAGUGAAAUGUAUAGAACUGGCUGCACUUUGCGUUUUCCACGAAUUGAAAAGAUAAGAGAAGACAAAGAGUGGCAUGAAUGCAUGACUCUCGAUGACUUAGAACAACUUCGAGGGAAAGCAUCUGGAAAGCUUGCAUCUAAACACCUUUAUGUAGGUGGUGAGGAUGAACCACAAGAAAAAAAGCGGAAAGCUGCCCCAAAGAUUAAGAAAGUUAUUGGAAUUAUCGAGCACUUAAAAGCACCUAACCUCUCUAACGUAAACAAAGUUUCCAAUACAUUUGAAGAUGUGGAGUUUUGUGUUAUGAAUGGAAUAGACAGCCAUCCGAAGCCUGAUCUGGAGAACAGAAUUGCAGAACUUGGUGGUUACAUAGUACAAAAUCCCGGCCCAGACACAUACUGUGUUAUUGCAGGGUCUGAGAACAUCAGAGUGAAAAAUAUAAUUUCAUCCAAUAAACAUGAUGUUGUUAAGCCUGAGUGGCUGUUAGAGUGUUUUAAGACCAAAAGCUGUGUGCCAUGGCAGCCUCGCUUUAUGAUUCACAUGUGCCCAUCAACAAAACAACAUUUUGCUCGUGAAUAUGAUUGUUACGGCGAUAGUUAUUUUGUUGACACAGAUUUGAACCAACUGAAGGAAGUGUUUUCAGGAAUUAAAAAUGCUGAUGAACAGACUCCUGAAGAAAUGGCUCCUGUGAUUGCUGAUUUAGAACAUCGAUAUUCCUGGGACAACUCUCCUCUCAGUAUGUUUCGACACCACACCAUUUAUUUGGACUUGUAUACUGUUAUUAAUGACUUGAGUACCAAAAUCGAGGGAACACGAUUAGCUAUCACAGCCUUAGAGCUUCGAUUUCAUGGAGCAAAAGUGGUUUCUUGUUUAACUGAGGGAGUGUCUCAUGUAAUCAUUGGGGAGGAUCAUAGUCGUGUUGUAGAUUUUAAAGCUUUUCGAAGAACUCUUAAGAGAAAGUUUAAAAUUCUGCAAGAAGGUUGGGUAACUGAUUCAAUAGACAAAUGUGUAUUACAGGAGGAAUGUCAAUAUUUGCUUUAAAACCAGCUUUUCCAGUGAGGAAAGCCUCUGACGUGGCUGACUUCUUGCAAUAAUAGUAAUGAUAAAAUACUAAACUACAUUUUAUGUUUAUCUCUUAAAAUCUGCUUAAACAGUAUUGGUCGAUAUAGGAAAACAAUAAUUUUAACUUUUGAGAUAGAAAAGACAAUGACCCAAAGCCAAGAAAGAAGACAUUCUUUUAGCAGUGUAGUAUUUGAUGAUUUUUGUAAUUAAGAUGAAAUAAACAGUUUAAAGAGAAGGUGUUAUAUGAUAUCCCUAUAGAAAUCUAGAAUUUGGACUCAAAUAUUAAUAAAAUACAUGUAUAAGCUUUUAAAGUCAUAGUAUUGACCCAAACAGGAUUUUCUAAAAUCAAAUCAAAAUUUUAAUAAGUUUUUAUCUAAUAAAAGCAUUGUAAGAAAAAAGAAUUGUUACAAUUUGACUUGUAAAAAUAGGUCUUUUAAAUGGAAGACAAAUUCUUUUCAAUAUGAAAUGUAAACAAGUUUAUUUUUUACGGUUAAGGUCAAGCUCAUGAAUAAGACCUUGUUAAUAAUGUCAUUAGCUAAAUUAGGGGAAGUGGAAUAAGACUUAAUGGUAUAAAUACUUAAAAUUAGAUCAGUUUGAUUAAAAAAACAAAAAAAAAAUGUUGAGAUUUUAAAGGUACUUGGCCCACAUUUAACUUUUUUCUAAAGAGAGUGUUUUUAUGUGAAUUUGUACUCUAGAAUAAGUGAUGUCCACAGAGUAAUUUUUCUAGAUAUAAUCCACUGAAUAGUUGUCAAAUGGCAUGUGUGUUAUAACUUUCAUUAUAGAGAAGUAAAUUGCUUUGACUUUUAAUAUGACUUAUUUAUUCUAAGGUUAUUUAAAGUCAGUGUGUAUAGUAUAUAUUGUGUUUGGAUUUAUAUACUGAAUUUUGGAAUGCAGCCUAUACAUUUUGAAAAAUAUGCUUUCAUGACACCAUUGAAAUACUUGGAAUUUGGUACUUUGGAAAUUGUAUGUAGGUUAGUUGUAAGUAAUCAGAAAUGUUAUCCAAACAGUGGGAAAAAUUAAUGUAAUUUUGUUAUUUUUCUUAAUUUAAAUAAAAUGUUUAAUAAUACUU